CGAUCCCUUCUUAGUUUCUUACAGAGAAGAAAUAUCAAAAUCAGAUAAGAUUUUUCUUCCCAGAUUGAUCUAUCUUGUGUCUGCAAAGUGCAAAAUGAUACUGUCCUUCUCAUCUGUUCAGUACUUAGUACUAGCUCUUCCUCCUCUGUUGGUACUCUUCAUUAUCCUGUUGAAGAAGAAAUCCAUCAACAAGAAACUUCCACUUCCACCAGGUCCAAGAGGCCUUCCUAUCAUAGGUAACCUUCAUCAACUUGACAGUUUGAAUUUCCAUUUUCAACUCUGGAACCUCUCAAAGAUCUAUGGUCCAAUUUUUUCCCUUCGAUUUGGCAUCAAGAAAGCCAUCAUUAUUUCCACACCUAAAAUGGCCCAAAAGAUCCUCAAUGACCAUGAUCUUGCUGUUUGCACCAGAGCUCCCACACUUAGCCAGAAAAGAAUUUCUUACAAUGCCAUGGACAUGAAUUUUUCCCCAUACAAUGAUUACUGGAGAGAAAUCAGAAAAAUUGCUGCCAUCCAUUUCUUCAGCGCGAAAAAGGUCUCUAGCUUUUCCCAUGUAAGAAAAUAUGAGGUCAAGCAAAUGAUUCAAAAGAUAUCUAGCCAUAUUUCUUCUUCCAAAGUCACAAACUUGAGUGAGAUCAUAAUGUCUGUCGCGAGCUGUACUAUUUCCAGGAUUGCUUUUGGGAGAAUCUAUGAUGAGGAUGGAGCUGAAAACAGCAUCUUCCAUAGCCUUCUUGUUCAGGGACAAGCCAUGUUUCUAACCUUCUUCUUUUCAGAUUACAUUCCUUUCAUGGGGUGGAUUGAUAAACUCACAGGCUCACUCGCUCGUCUUGAUAAAACUAUCAACUCGUUCGAUGCCUUUUUCCAACAAGUCCUUGAUGAGCACCUCGAUCCUAAUAGGAUCAAAGAUCAAACCCAGGAGGAUGAUAUAGUUGAUACGCUACUCCAGCUUAGAAACCAGGGUUCCCUCUCAAUUGAUCUCACCGAUGAACACAUUAAAGCUUUCAUGAUGGACCUUCUUAUAGGAUCAACUGACACGAGUGUAGCCGCAUCAGUUUGGCUCAUGACUGGAUUAAUGAAGAACCCAACAGCAAUGAAGAAAGUCCAAGAAGAAAUAAGAAAUCUAUGUGGCAACAAAGACUUCAUCGAUGAAGUGGAUAUUCAAAAACUCGAAUACUUGAAGGCAGUUAUAAAAGAGACACUCAGAUUUUAUCCGCUGGCGCCACUAAUACCAAGAGAAACAAUUAAAAAUAUUAUCGUAGAUGGGUAUGAAAUACCAGCCAAGACAAUUGUUUAUGUAAACGUUUGGGCCAUCCAUAGGGAUCCUGAGGCUUGGAAAGACCCACACGAGUUUAAUCCUGAUAGAUUCCUAAACAAGAACAUAGAGUUUAAGGGACGAGACUUUGAGCUCAUUCCGUUUGGUGCCGGGCGUAGAGUUUGCCCUGGCAUGCCACAAGGAAUCGCCACGUUGGAGCUCAUAACUGCAAACCUAUUAAACUCAUUUGAUUGGGAAACGCCUCCUGAGAUGACGCGGGAAGAGAUUGAUGAUAAAGGGCUACAAGGACUUGCUCGACACAAGAAAAAUCACCUGUGUCUUAUUGCCAAGAACCGUGAGUGAAAGUUAGUGUGACUUACACUAAUGCAAUUUUAGUUGGGCCUCUUAUCUUUGCUGUCAAGGACUACAUGUGAAAUUAGGACUUGUAAUGGUUGAUGUAAUUUUAGUUUGGUCUCUUAUCAUGGUUAGGACUUAUUGCCUAGGCAUUGCCUAUGAGUUUGUAUUUGGCUAGUCCCACCAUUUUACAUUUUAGAAUUUCAAACCGAUCAUGUUAUCUUUUUAUCA